CGCAUCUUUGCCGUUUCGCAUCUCGGGUUGGAGCGUCACUAUGUUCUCAUCGACAAGCUGGAGCCUCGCCACAUGAGCGGCGACGAGAUGGAUCCAACCACCCUUCCUGGACAAGCCAGGAUCUUCUACAUCAUCGACUGCCGUUGGCAGAGCCAAGCGCUGAAGCUGUUCCUGCGCGGCCUGGACGAAAUCUACCACGCGCACGUUAUGGCCCACGGAGGUGGUGGAAACACGUUUCGUCAGAGGAAGGAGCCUGAGAAGCCGAAGGUGGUGGAUGGAUGUGCGCCUGAAGGCUUGUGGCGCAAUUGCUAUGACAGCGAGUGGUUGGCCUCACUCAAGCCAUACAAACUUCGCGAGCUGAACAUCAUCAAUUCCCACUACGAUUUUGACCUUACGCAGGAGUUCGACAGUGAUGUAGUUAUGUAA